AUGGGAUGGUUUCAUUGUCUAGGGUUCAUAAUCAUAUGUGGUUUAGGAGUUUUAGGGUUAGUCCAAGGUCAACUCAAGAUGGGUUUUUAUGGUGAGAGUUGCCCAAAAGCUGAGAAGAUUGUGGAGGAAUUUGUUCAGACCCACAUCCAUAAUGCACCAUCUCUUGCAGCAGCUCUCUUAAGAUUGCAUUUUCAUGAUUGCUUUGUUAGGGGCUGUGAUGCAUCUCUGCUGCUAAACUCAACUUCAGAAAACCAAGCAGAAAAGGAUUCCCCUCCAAAUUUGACAGUAAGAGGCUAUGAUUUCAUUGACAGAGUAAAAACUCUAUUGGAACAAGAAUGUCCUGGUGUUGUUUCCUGUGCUGACAUUAUUGCUUUGGUUGCUAGAGAUUCAAUCGUGUCGAUUGGAGGACCUUACUGGAGAGUUCCAGUGGGACGCAGAGAUGGAAAAAUCUCGAGAACAUCAGAAGCCUUAGCUAACAUCCCUCCGCCGUUUUCAAACAUCACUAGUCUUCUGGCCUUCUUUUCCAGGCAGGGGCUUGAUCUGAAGGACCUCACCUUGCUUUCUGGUAAAACCGGAAAUGUCAUUAUCUAA